GGGUUAUUUAUGUUUAUUGAAAGCUGUUUACUGCAGUCGUUCGUCUUUUGCUUCAUAUUAUGGCCGCUGCUGUCUUUUUGAUAUCUUCAUGUUGUGUUGUACUUCUACAAUUAUAGUUUUCUUUUAUAGUUUUAUUAUUUUAAUCAUUUAAAGCGCGGAGAGAUGGCAGAUUCUGCUAGCGAGUCCGAUUCAAGUAGCAUCGACGGAGGCCCUAUUAUGAUGCCUCCUAGCCCCGUUACCAGAGAACAACUGCAAAAGCGCAUAGAAAGUUUGCAACAGCAGAACAGGGUGCUGAAGGUGGAAUUGGAAACGUACAAGUUACGAGUUAAGACUUUGCAAGAGGAGAAUCGAAACUUACGUCAGGCUUCUGUUAUCAUUCAAGCCAAAGCCGAGCAAGAGGAAGAAUUUAUAUCUAACACUCUCCUGAAAAAAAUUCAAGCUUUGAAGAAAGAGAAGGAGUCCUUGGCUCAUCAUUACGAACGCGAAGAGGAGUGCCUGACGAACGAUCUUUCGCGAAAACUUACUCAAUUGCGUCAGGAGAAAUGUCGUUUGGAACAGACGCUCGAACAGGAGCAGGAGUGUCUCGUAAAUCGGCUUAUGCGAAAAAUCGAAAAACUCGAAGCGGAAACUUUGGCGAAACAAAGUAACCUGGAGCAGCUUCGGCGUGAGAAAGUCGAGCUGGAGAAUACUUUAGAACAAGAACAAGAGGCUUUAGUUAACAAGUUAUGGAAGCGUAUGGAUAAAUUAGAAGCCGAGAAGAGGAUGUUACAAAUUAAGUUGGAUCAGCCUGUGUCAGAUCCUGCCAGUCCGCGUGAUAUUAGUAAUGGAGACAAGGCAAGUAAUCUUAGUGCUCAUAUUCAAACUUUGCGAAAUGAAGUGAAUAGACUUAGACAAACGUUAGCAAUUAGUCAACAAGAACAUGCUGAAAAAAUGCAACGCUACGCUCAAGAGGAACGUUGUAUUCGUGAAGAGAACCUUAGGUUACAAAGAAAAUUACAGCUCGAAGUGGAAAGACGAGAGGCUUUAUGUAGGCAUCUGUCUGAAAGUGAAAGUUCUCUCGAAAUGGAAGAGGAACGACAUUAUAAUGAACAAGUUUUAGGUACUCGCCAACAUACCGUGUCUCCUGUUCCGUAUAAUCCAUCUCCGAGUCAAAGUCGUCCUUUGAGUCCAGGAUUAACAUUGCAAGCUCCUUCGCCCCGCGACUCUUUGAUAGCUGUCCAACCUCGCUGUCAUUCAUGCGGUCAGUCUGUAAGUUCGUUACAUCAAGUUGGAUCUAGUAGUCCUCCCGCUCCCGCGCAUCGCCGUACCAGUGAACGAUUUAUUAAACCCGCCAUACCUGCUCCGCAGCCUGCUAGUCCCAUGGAUACCUCGAUCAAUAAGGAUUAAAGACUAGAACAAGUACACAUCAUUAACUUGAACAACAUGAAAUUAAUAAAUGGCUCUUGAAUGGAUAGCGUUAGUUAAAUAAGUUUUAUAGAGUAUUAAUCAUUUUGCUACAUAUAAACUUGUGUUUACACUGGCUUUAAUUUAAAUUUUUGUUACUUUCACAUAUUCUUACUAAAAAUGCACUUGAAUUGUAAUAAUACAAUUCGGAAAGUAUCUAUACAAAAUCAAAAGGAAAUAGUUGUGCACAUUAUGCUUUAGCUGGUAUUACAGUACUUAAACAUUGCAAUAACAUUGUAGCUGUGCAUGAUUUUUAUUAAGUCUUAUGUAAUAUUGUAACAGUGUUCCAUACAUGAAGUUUCUUGUAACAGUAAGAAUUUGUAUAUGUAUCAGAUAUUGCCAAUAACAUUUACUGCCACAUAGCGGAAAACAAUUUUUCUUCAUUGCCGUCUCGACUAUGAAACCCCCAGUAUUACGCAUGCACACUAAGAAAUAACGAAACUAAUGAAAGGCAUGCAGGAUGUUCUUUAAAUGCAGCUUGCAGUAUUUUGAUUCACCGAAUUUUCAUGUCUGCUGUAAUUAUGUAACAUCCUGGAACUGCUCAAAGGCCUGAUUGUUAAAUACUUGUUUGUUGGCAAGAAUUGUUUUUCUUCGUUAUAAGGCGCUUACGUUUACAUAAGGUUCUCAUUUUAGGAAAUGUAAGGAUCGGUCUGGUAGUUUUAACAUAAAAAAUUCUAUCACUAUUUUCCAACGCAGUUAAAAAUGUAUAAUCAAUAAUCUAAAGUAGGUUUAUAACGACAAUGUAAUUGUCAGAUUUGCCAAAUAAAUAGUGUUUUAUUAAUAAACCACAGGACUUAUUGUAAGUCUGCUUUCCUAUGUAUGAGAAUUUUUUUGUUAAAUUUGCUUAGGUCAAUAUGUAUGUAAAAGAUGCUCAGCUUUUCCUUUCAUUAGAAAAUCAAGUGUUAAAUGCAUUCUCUCGUUGUUUAACUCUCUCGGUAGAGUAAAAUCUCAGUAAUCCAACUUUGUGUAAUUGCAUGUGAAGGAGCUAUUAGUGAGGUUUUACUGUACCUACGAAGAAACCAAAACCAUUUGUAGCAAUAUAUUUUGGGUUGAAAUGUAUUUUUGGCCGACAUUGUUAUUCUCCAAAAAACUGUCGUGAAUUAGGACAGCAAAAAAAGUGAUAUUAGGUGUAAAUUUUGCAUUCUUGUUGGAUCUUUGGCUGUGUUCUGUAUGAUUGUAGUUUCUUAUUAAUUAUACAGUACAUCGGAUUUGCGCAUUGCUAUAAUAUGACUUGAAAAUACAACAAGAUUUAAAUGUUCUGUAUGUCUAAUUUCAGUUGUCAUAUUGUAUUGAUGUAGUUACAGAAUUGUUCUUUUGUUGUCUCCAUGUUGUUACGUAGGGGUUAUUUUUCUGUAGUUUAACUUAGAAUUACAGUUUUAUUUAAUAAUUAUUAAAAGUACUGUCGCAUAUUGGUUUUCUUUCUAUUUAUGUAAUUUUGAGUGAUAUUGCGAUGCUGUAUUGGUAGAAAUAAAAGGUUUCAGCUAUUUGUACAAUUUAAGGUUGUGCCCUUAUUUUUUUUUACUUGCUACAAGAUGUACAAGAUCUUCCAAUAAAUUUAUUCCACAAAUAAAAUACA